UGAGGACUUAGAUCGGCAGGAGGGGCCGGGAGACCGGAGCUCACCGUUCGGGAAAGGGGGCAAGUGUCACUCAGGCCGGGAGAGCCGUGGGGGGUGGUUGCGACGGCGGCAGCGGCGGCGGCGGGCAGCUGGUCGGAGCCUCCGCCGCCUGCGGUGCUGUCCUCACAAGAUGGAGUUUCUCCUGGGGAACCCGUUCAGCACCCCAGUGGGACAGUGCCUCGAAAAAGCUACAGAUGGAUCCCUACAGAGUGAGGACUGGACAUUGAAUAUGGAGAUCUGUGAUAUCAUUAAUGAGACGGAAGAGGGUCCCAAGGAUGCCAUACGGGCCCUGAAGAAGAGGCUCAAUGGAAACAGAAACUAUAGAGAAGUGAUGUUGGCAUUAACAGUGUUGGAGACUUGUGUCAAGAACUGUGGCCAUCGAUUUCACAUCCUUGUGGCAAACCGUGAUUUCAUAGAUGGUGUCCUUGUGAAAAUCAUCUCCCCUAAGAACAAUCCUCCUACUAUCGUCCAGGACAAAGUACUGGCUUUGAUUCAGGCUUGGGCUGAUGCAUUUCGGAGUAGUCCUGAUCUCACUGGCGUGGUGCAUAUUUAUGAAGAACUGAAAAGAAAAGGGAUCGAAUUUCCCAUGGCAGACUUAGACGCCCUGUCUCCAAUACAUACACCACAGCGGAGCAUCCCCGAAGUGGAUCCAGCAGCAACUAUGCAUAGGUCUCAAUCACAGCAAAGAAUGAGCUCCGUGUCCUCUUCUGUACCUUCUCCUACGCCAUACGCAGCUCCUCAGGCUCCAUCCUUGAAUGUGACUGGGCCUAUCACCGCCAACUCAGAACAGAUUGCCAGGCUUCGAAGUGAACUUGAUGUUGUCCGAGGAAACACAAAAGUCAUGUCUGAGAUGUUAACAGAGAUGGUUCCUGGGCAAGAAGACUCCUCCGACCUUGAGCUGCUACAGGAACUGAACAGGACCUGUAGAGCUAUGCAGCAGAGAAUUGUGGAACUCAUCUCCAGGGUUUCUAAUGAAGAGGUCACCGAGGAAUUGCUGCAUGUGAAUGAUGACUUAAAUAACGUCUUCCUCAGAUAUGAGAGGUUCGAACGGUACAGGUCAGGUCGUUCUGCUCAAAAUACCAGUAACGGAGUCCUUAAUGAAGUAACUGAAGAUAAUUUAAUAGAUCUUGGUCCUGGUUCUCCAGCUGUAGUGAGUCCAAUGGUGGGUAACACAGCACCGCCAUCUUCUCUUUCCUCACAGCUAGCAGGCCUGGACUUGGGGACAGAUAGUGUCAGUGGAACCCUCAGCUCUCUCCAGCACUGUAACCCCCAGGAUGACUUUGAUAUGUUUGCCCAGACGAGAGGAAACUCCUUGGCUGAACAGCGUAAGACAGUCACUUAUGAGGAUCCCCAGACGAUGGGAGGACUGGCCUCUGCAUUAGAUGUUCGGAAACAGAGCGCUGGAGUGAGGAGAGAUAAAGGUGGGAACUCUGACAUGGAGCCUAUAGACAAGUGGCUAAUUACACAAGGAAUGAUCCCUGUUGCGCAGUCCUCUGUCAUGGAUGACAUUGAGGUGUGGCUCAGUACGGACCUGAAAGGUGAUGAGCCGGAGGAAGGCGUCACAAGUGAAGAAUUUGACAAAUUUCUCGAAGAAAGAGCCAAAGCUGCUGAAAUGGUCCCCAAUCUACCUUCCCCCCCUGUGGAAGCACCAACACCACCCAUAAAUACAUCUGGAAGAAAAAAGCCAGAGCGUUCGGAGGACGCCCUCUUCGCCCUGUGAUGCAUUUUCUUGGUCUCCUUCCUUGUGCUGCACAGAAGAACGCUACUGUUUGGUCACACAAUCCUCUCCUCAGUUGUGGCGAACACUGACCCCCUCAUCACCCCUCCUGUAUCUGUCACCCUCAUCCGCUCCCCUGUCAGUCAUACCACUCUCACUCACUAAAAAGGAAACUUCACCUGUCUCUCCUUUGAAUCCCUCUUUUAUUUCCUCUAAGUUUCCCAUCCUUCAAUACUAGCUUUAACCACCUUUUCCUUUCUGGGCUGUGUGAAAUUGGCGGCUGCGGCUGCUGCUGCUGAAACCCACCUCUCCCUCCCUCUGCUCCCACCCACCUUACCCACUUGGUCCCUCUCCCUGAAAGAUGGCAAUGCAUGAGCUCACUUUCCUCAUUGGAAACCAGGUAUGGCACGGAGAGCUGCCCAGCCUUGAGAUGACUUGUCAAGGUGGUUUCCUAUUUCCCUUGCCUUGUAGCCAAAUAUUUAGCAGGAGACAAUGGAGGAUCCUUGGGCCCAGGAUGGAUUCAAGUAGAGGAGCAUCUCAUUCUGGAUGUUCCCAGUUAUAGGUCUAAGUCAUAUCACUCCUGCUCUAGAAUUCUGCCUUCCACCUCUUUUACUUCUCUGUCCCCAGGGUUCCUGAAUGGAGAAUCUAGCUGGGAAGUUCAGAAGGUAUGUCAAGUUUCAUGAGGUUUUCCAUUCUUUGGUCUCUUGGAUUCACUGUGAGUUUUUCCAGCUUGGCUUCAGAAGACUAGAUGAUGGUCUCAUGACUUCCCUCCUUUGGCUGCUCAUCAACACACAUUAACUUGAUGCGGUUAAAAAAACAACACCUUGGGGCAUUGGGGGCUUCUAGCACUUUAAAAAGUUUUGCAUUAUUUCCCUAUGUUCCAGUGAAUUUUUCCUAUCUGUUGUGUUGUCUGGGCCUCUCUUUCCAGGCAUUCACGAUAGAAGACCUUCUGCUGUUUGGUGACCCAUGCCAAUUAUUCCUUGAUGAAUUUGGCUUUACCCACUUAGCUAGACAGAGCUUGAAAUCUUUGUCAAAAGGUGGCAUUGCCAUCCUGAAGAAGUUAGGGAUUGCAGAGUGUACACCCUGUGGUGGGAUGCAGUUUCUAUCUGGCCUCCAGUAGGUCUAGUUAAUGAAAGGGAAGUUAAAGGAAGGAAGGAGACCAGGAGCUGAGCACACCAAUGAAAAUCGGUAUUAACUCAUACAGAUCAUACAGGGCAUACAGCAGUUUGGCUCUCUCGGGUAGGAUUAACACUAAUAUUAAACACUUCACAGGAAAGAGACGUUGAGGAUGUCACUCUUUGGUUCUCCCACCUCCUUGGCUCCCGUGUUUUAAAAGGAUUUUGCACUAGGAACAGUUGCUCCCUGUUAAGGUACUACAUGUGUGACUCUGGAAGAGUUACGUGGUGGGCUUUGUUCCUACGCUGUAUACAAGUCGCCUCAUCCAAAGGAGUGGCUGUCUCAGCCCUAUUUUGUUGGCUUGUUUGGGCUCUGGACAACUUUACUUGCUACUGUAACACUAAGGCACCUUUGCACUACUUUGGGCCCUGCCCCAACACCACAGUCAUAAGCUUGGGUCUCCUCCAUUGGACAGACUUGAAGUCAGGCUUCCACACCCCGGCCUCUUCUCUAGGGGGAGUGCUCUCAGUGCCUAUGGUUCACUUCCACACUUGGACUUAAAAUAGAAGUCUGUAAGGAUGCAGGAUGAUCUGCAAAACAGACUAAUGGGCCACCUGAGGGAGGCUGUCCAGAUGUCCAAGUCGCUUUGCCAGGGCUUGCAUCCAUCCAUCCAUCCAUUAGGGCUUAUUUGAAACUCUAGGUGUUUGAGGGGCUCUCCUUUGGGUCCUACCUUCCUCCCCUGCCUGCCUGUCCAGAGCUGCCAGAUGUUAACUUUGCUACUGCACAGUAACUAGAAGGGAAAAUGCUGCUCUAGCCAAAAGAGUUGUACUCUGACUACUUUCUUCCAGGCAUUGCCUACACUUGGCUCCCAAUAGCUUGCCCCUUGCCAGUUCUUGGAGAACUGACUUUCACCAGCUGGUAUGCAGCUACUUGACAUGAGUUAGUCUGCAUUUGCUUCAUUUAGACCUGUUGAGUCAGAUGCUGCUCCCUGUAAUGGAGAUUCCUGAAGUCUGCAGAGCUCCUCAUGAACAUCUGGGGGCAGAUGUUCAUCUUGGCCCAGAGUGCAACCUGAUGUUUACAGGCUAAAUUCAGCUUCCAUUAUUGUGCAUGUCAUGGCCAGCCUAGACCUCUCUGUGGCCCAGAGCAAUGGCAUGUACAAAGUCAAAGGAGUUUAAACUAGGGAAUAUGGGCUUAUAGCCAUAACUGUUGGCGGCAGAGAGCAGAGCUGAUUGAUUUUCUUCCUUCAGGAAAGAAAGGAUAUGUUGGAAUCAGGGACUAGAUUUUGCAGAGACAUGACCUGGCAGCUCAGGUUCUGGGUGAGGCUGAAUAUCAUUCUUGUGGCUGAGCCAGAAGCCAGAUUUAGCCCUGGCUGGUUCUCGUGGUGAAAAACCAGAGACACUAGUUGGACCACAGAUAGCUGUGACCUGAGUAAGUACUGGCCCUUCAGGCUUUUUGAGAGUCAGUGAGUGUGCCUCAACACUGAGCCUCUGGAAUAAGCAGUUUGGGCUCGCUGACUAGCAGUCAGAACUAGCUCAACAGCAGUUAAAUAGAACCAGACCAACCAUGACGACACCCAGAUAUCUUCCUUAUAGAACUUCCUGAGACAGCUUGGAGCUGCUACUGAUCUUGUCCUUGGGCUACUCUUUUGUGUUCCUCCUCUGAAGAUCCUCUCCAUUGUCUGUCACUCCUGUUUCAUGGCUUUCUCCCCAUCCUAGACCUUCCUGCCUUUUCAUGUUUCCUUCUGUCCAUUCUCACUUCCUCCCACAUUCUUGCCUUCUUUUCCUCUUUCUUUCAUUUCGCCUUUCAUUUGGCUUUUCCAACCAAUGUCUUGCAGUGUCCUUACAUCCAGUAUCCCUGUGUCAUUAAAAGCUUGGGAGGGGGUGGCAGCUAGGUGGCACAGUGGAUAAAGCACUGGCCCUGGAGUCAGGAGGACCUGGGUUCAAAUCUGGCCUCAGACACUUAACACUUACUGGCUGUGUGACCCUGGGCAAGUCACUUAACCCCAAUUGCCUCACCCAAAAAAAAAAAAAGUUGGUGGGGGAAGCCGGGAAGGCCAGGAUGCUAAAGACAGAUCAGGUUUAUGCCAAAGGGACUCAGUCACUGUUUCUUUGCUUCUCAUCCUCUUCUCCCACAUUGAUUUGAGCUCUGAAAUUGAUCUGCAAUAGCUAUCCUCUUAUAGGGACCAGAGCUAGCUUAUUUUUGUCAAAUUUGCAAACAUCACUGGGCGAGAUGCCUUAAUAUUUUUUCUUCCCAACCAUAUCAUUCCUCUAUAUUCACCCUGUGUGACAGGACUAUAAUUCCCCCAGCCUAUGAGUUCCUUUCAAGGAAUCCAUCCUUGCAGGCAGGUGAUAUCUUUUUGAAAUCUAGCUUCUGGCAUGAAGCAAUUUUCCUUGUGCCUGAGGAAAGACAUCUCUCUGGCACAACUGUAAGUGCAUGGACCCAUCCGAGACAAAGUUAAGCUUUUCCCAAAACUGUGGCGUAUGGAUGGUCCUCUCAUUGUUUGAAACCUCCUAAGUUUUAGACUUGAGCCACCAGCAUCUUUGGGCUACCUGGGGAUCCCAUAUCUCUAUGUAGUUUUCUUAAGGAGGUUAGGCAAAUCCUGAGGAAGCCACACAGCUCCAAGUCCCUGAGUCUACUUGUCAAGAGCUUUGGUUAGUGCUGACCUGUGUGAUAGCACAUUAGCCACGCUGCAGUGUUUGGAAGAGAUGAAGCUUGUGAAGGGAUGCCAAUCACAUCAUCUUCUCACCCUCUCUAGCCGCUGACUUGCUUUGGAGCCACGCUCCAUUCCAGUGUUUUUCCUUCUCCCACUUUAUAAAGGAAGAGUCCUGAUAUAUUAUAGAUAUAUUUUUUCCUUUGUCUAUAUUUGGAGUAGGAAAGAAUGAUCAUGCCCCUUCCCUAUUCUUUAGUCUGGUCUUUGGCUUCUAUCUCUCAUAGAGGGAAAAGUUGCUCCCAGCAGCCUACACUACAAAAAUAUACAUAGAUGCAUAUAUAUACACAUACACAUAUAUUUGCUUCAGAACCAUUAUCUGUAUUCAUUACCUCAAAUUCUCAUGUUUACCCAUCUCAGCAAGGUAGAAGUAGCAGCUUGGAGAUGCUUUGGUUGGUGACGGAUGGUGGCAGAAGGGUUUCCUGGUCAUUGAUCUCAGUGAAAAGGAGCAGGGCCCUACUGAGAAAAGGUAGCCAUGUACCCAGAGGAGAAUUCAACAACAGAGCUAGUCACAGGCCUGGGUCCAGGUUAGCCCAAUGGGUAGUGCAGCAGACAACUCUCAGUCACACCUUCCAACAACAAACCCCCCCUCUCUUGUCUAUCUGUCACCUCCAGUUCUGCGGCACAUCCUAGGGGUCCAGGUUCAGUUGCAUCUUUGGUGGCUCUGCAGGCAGAAAUGGACCCAGCUUAGCUGUUGCCCAUGAUUGUUAUGUAUGCUAAUCAUACUGAGAGCCUGUGUCCUGUAUCAGGAUCCCAUUUGGGGCUCUGGCUCAUGACAUAUCAGCCAGGAAUUACUCAGAGGAACUGCCUAAGAAGCUCCUUUUCUUCAGUGUCAAGUCAGAAGCCAUAGAAGUCCCACCACCUGUCUUUUGGUGAUGGGCUCUUGCCUUGCCUAUGACAGGUGCCCCCUCUCAGCACAGGCAGCAUGACUCACAGAUGUGGGUCAACAGAGCAAGCAGUCCUGAAGAUGGAACUCAAUUGCAAAGGAGGGGGAAAAAAAUCACUAAAGUAGGAAGUAUCUCUGAGAAUGUUAGAAAUCACAGAUAUAGUAUGUACUUAAUUACACUAAAUUAUUGUUGGAAUUCCUUGUAAGUACUAAUUAUACCUGAUUAUAGGUUAAAAUAUUUAUUUUGUCAAAAUAUUUUCUUUGGGCUGUGUUUAACCUUUUCCCUGCUCAUUGUGUACUGAGAUGUGAAAAUUAAUCAUUUGCCUAACUUUGGGGGGAAUGCUGGUAGAGAAGAGCCUAUAGCAAUGUUUUGCAUAAAGCAUCUGCGCAUCUUUGGCCAGCACUCAAGAGCAGUGCCCGGUAUGGGCACGUAAGGACAUUCAACCAACCAACUGGUGCAAGGAUAAGGAAGUGUGAGAGAGAGAGAGAGAGAGAGAGAGAGAGAGAGAGAGAGAGAGAGAGAGAGAGAGAGAGAGAGAGAGAGAGAGAGAGAAAGGAAGAAUGGGUGAGGAAGAGUAGUGCUUUUGAGAAAAGGCACAAAAUGUUUCUUCCAGUGAAGGAAGUAUGCCAUUGUCCUGGGCCAAGGGGAAAUCCUUGUUCCAUCUCUCAAUAUCCUCUCUCUUACACCAUUCCCCAAACCUGCCAAGUCCCACUGCCACUUGCUGCCUGCCUGGCUAGGCAGAGUAAAGGGUCUCUCUGAAGGCCCGCAUUUAAAACCUAGGUAUUGCACUGGGGGGUUGUUUUCCUUCCACUGGACAAGCCCGAGGUAUUUUCCCCAUUAUGGAACCCCACCACAAUCUCUGUGCCACCCUCACAAUGAUUGAGAGCCUUCUUGAGCAAAGGUGAUCAUUUGCCAAAAUUCUAGAGUCUAGAUCAUUCUUUUCCUUGUCCCCUCCCCAGUUGGACAGGUAGGGUUAAGUACCCAAGUUCUGGGCCUGAGGUAGUGGGAAAGGAGGCAUGGCUCCUGGGCAGGCUCUAUUAUUUUGUUCUUUCUAGGGAGAAGGAAAACUGGUUCAGCUUGAGUAUUCUAUGAUAAGUACCCUAAAUAAAGAAUAAGACACUAUUUUUCCUGGAAACACUAAUUCAACAGACAAGCUCUUUUUCUUCUCUCCCCUCCCCCAAGAGCAUUCAGGUAACCCCUUUGACUGCUGAAGAAAAUCCUUGGGCCAAUUACAGGUGAUUGAGUAAGGACCAUAUCAAGCCUAGGCCCUCCCUUUGAGAACCUGUCCUUGGAAUGCCCAGCUUCUCUUGCACUCCGAUUAGUGCUAUGUCAGUUUUUAUUCAUAGUAACUCCUCCUUCUGUUUGGGGGGGGCGUUGACCCACCAUCACACUCUGCCAUGUUUAAGGGGAUGUGUUUUCACCUUCCCAUCUACACAAAGCAAUAGCAAAUAGUUUCCUCUUCACAUGUAUUGACUUUAAAACUUCAUUCUGAUCCCACCUGGUUCAUUGCAGCAUCAACCCUGCCACCCCCCCAAAAAAAAUAUCCCUAAUUCUUUUUGUAUUUUCUGAUGAUAGCCUGGGCCUCAUAAGUACCUCCUCCUUCUCCUCCUUCCCCUCCCUUCCCCUCCCUUCCUUGGCCCUUCAGUCUUAUGAACAACAACUCUCCUCCUAUCUGUCAAAGUACACUGAGCUGUUGUUAACAACACUACUUCUCAUGUAACCCCAUAUAAUAGCAGUUUUUAUCUGUAUAUUAAAACUGUAGACUUUCCAAGUGAAUAUUGGGGGGAGGGGUCAGAAUAUUUAUUUCCUGAAGCUAAGGGGUAAUUUGGGAGGGUUUAUGGGAUGGGGGUUUGAGAUGGGGAAUGUAUCUGUUCAAAAAAAGAAUGGAUCAAGUUCAUUGUCAAAUUGCCCAACACAGCUGGUUUUCAUGUUGCUGCUGUGCGUUUCCUAAACAGAUGAUGUUGGGUGUAACUUGUGUGUGGCUAAUGGUGAUACCAUUGUAUUAAAGUGCUACCAUUUGAUCUUAUUCCAGCUACCAUCUCCUGAGUUUGGGUUUUUGCAUGUGAAAUAUCCCAAUAAAAAAGAACAACAAAACUACCUAGUGUACGGAGCAGGAUGCGGCUGUGUGUGGGAGGAACCUGACCAAUGUACCCAAUUCCCCAGCCCUCAUCCUCUCUUUUCUUCUUUAAAAGUAGCCCUCAUUAGAAGUUUCAGGCUCCAAAUAAACAAGUCAUGAUCUUCCCAAUUUCCCCUGGGCCUAGCAUCUGCAACCUUUCAUCUCUCUCGUUCCCUAGCACAGAGCCUUACGCAGAGUAGGUGUUUGGUUAAUCUUUGUGCCCCAGCAUGAGGAGCCUGGGCUCACAUGAAAUCCUCACAGUAGUGUCAGAUUUGAACUGGCUAUUUGUUAAGCCAUCAAGUUUUUUUUAACAGUUCCCCAGAGGCAAGAGGUGUAUGAUCUUAGACAAAUCGAAAUAGGAGAGUUGAACAAGAGUUGAAGAAAGGUUUCCAAAGUUCUUUUUCAGCUCUAAAAUUCUGUUCUGUUGAAAAGCCCAAAGAGCUAUGGUUUGUUCCUUAACUUUUCAGAUUAUGGCUACUCCUGAAGAUUCCUUCCAAGAGUUUCCAAAGGAAACUUUUCAGGUCCCUAACAUAGCAUUUAAUCUGUGCUUCAGAGCACCUCCAUAACUAAUCCUCUAAACAACCAACACUCUAUCACAUCCAAGAAAAACAUCACAUCUUUGUGCCUAGUCUCUGCCAAGGCUAAUACUCAGAACACGUCCAUGUAAUUGAGCCACUCUCUAAAAGCUGGAGCUGUUUAAGAUAUGCAGGAUGAGGGAUUUAGAAUUUUGCAGGAUGAGGAAAGAGCAACAGGAGUCAUGUGAGGCCUUAUAUAUUCCAAAAGAUGAGUGGCAUGAAACCAUUUGAACAGGUUUUGUGGGCUUUGAUGCAUUUGACCACAAGCUGAGUUGGAGACUAGAACCUCUGAAGUCUUUAAUUCAACUCAACAUUGAUUAACCAACGACCAUAGGCAAAGCACAGUGUUCACAUCUUAGUUACUAAAGUAAGAAAAUACUUUUAGAAUUCUUACAGUUCAGCCCUCUCCUUAUUUUACAGAUGAGGCCUCAGAGCUUCGGUGGUGUUCUCAGUGUCUCAUAUCUAGCUACUUGCAAAGCUAGGACUAAAACCUUAGUUGUAUGAUGGUCAAUCUAGGGCUCUAAGGGGAGGAGUCAAAGACUAUAAAGUUACAGAGACAACUCAUGUCCCAUAGCCCACAGGGGACAGUGCUAAGUGAGAGCCUGUAUCCUGAUUCCCAGCCCAGGACUGUAGCCCUCGCCUGCCCCGGCCUCCUGAGAGCAAUAGGACAAGGUCCUGUUGCUAUGUGUCCAACCUCAUUUGCCCUUUAUACUGACUUCUCUGGUAUGCAAGAACCCUGUCCCGUACAAAGUUCCCUCCCCACUUGGGUCCUGUACCUCUUGGCAACUGGCAGAAAGGAAGCAUGAAGAUAGCCCCACAGCAGUAGGUUUUAACUGUGCCCCUAAGAAAACAAUGAAGCUCUAGGAUAGGGUGUUGUCAGGCUACUUUCUAAUAUCCCAACUAUUGGCUCCCUAGAUAGAGAUAACAUCCUGUUUCUAUUCCACCCCAGGAUAUUGGAUGUCUAUAAGAACUCAGGCUCAGCUGUGGCAGUGGAAGGUGGGAGAGCAUGAAGAUGUCUAGGAGUCAACAUGACCCUUUCAGAACUUUAUCUCCAGUGGAGAGUAGGCCAUUGGCCCCUAUAAGUAGAAAGGAGAAGCCUUAAGCUAAGAGCCAUGGACAAGUAGGACAGUUUUGAAAGCUACAUGUUGCAUUUAUUAUAUAUUUCUUUUAUACAGUUAAAGGAAAAGGAAGAUGUACACAAUAGAUGAUAUAUCGAGUUUCAUGUAUAAUUCCCCUCUAUUAUACAAUGAAUAUGGAAAUGCCCCCUCUUGUUUGGUUUUUGUUAAGUUCAGAAUAAAGAAAGGGUUAAAAUAUUUUUUCAAGCUUUAGCUUAGGCCAGUAAACGAGCCAGGUUGGAACUGGGUGCUCAGUACAGUGGGGAGAGAGAGAGAGAACUAUAAAACAUGGCUCUAGCCAUCAGUGCAAUCAGGCAAGAGGACCAAUGUUAAGAGAAUAACGGGGCAGCUAGAUGGCACAGUAGAUAGAGCACCAGCCCUGGAUUCAGGAGGACCUGAGUUCAAAUCCGGCCUCAGACACUUGACACUUACUAGCUGUGUGACCCUGGGCAAGUCACUUAACCCCAAUUGCCUCACAAAACAAACAAAAAAGAGUAACAGUGCUAUUCUACGUGAUGCUGAUUAUAGGCCAGUUUAGAAGAGGGGAAGAUCAUCAUGGGCUGGAAUGGUCAGAGGACUUCAUUCAAGAACUGCUAACUUCUAAGUAUAGUAGAAAGGUCACAAGGUCAGGAGGCAGAGAAGCAGGAUUUGGAUCUCAGCUCAGCCAACUUAAUUGCCUUACGUUCCUCAUCUAUAAAAUGAGAGGGUUGGCCCUUUAAGGUCUCUUCCAAUUCUAAACCUGUGACUGAUUAGAUGGGGUCCUUGAAAGAUGGGCAAGAUGGUAAUCCCCAGAGGAACCUGAUUCUUAGCCUUCUUCUGGGAUUUGGCUAUACCAUAAAGAAUAUAUGGUCUGCAAAGAAAGUAAUCAUAGUUUCCAGCUGUAUAGAGAUCUAAACAGUUGCGGGAAGUAGGGAAAUAUGGUCAUGUUCAUUUCAAUUCUCUAGAUUUUGUUUCCUAUUUCUGAUGAGCCGACAUGAGGCAGGGUCAGGGUCAGAGCAAGAAAGCAGAAUGUCAGAGCUGGAAGAGACCUUAGAGAUGAUCAGGGUAGUGAUUUCCAACCAUUUCCAGUAUGAAGACCCCUUUUGAACAUCAUAUGGUAGCAAUUGUACUUUCAGUAGCUGUUUGUUGAGAAAAGACAUGAUGACAAAAAACUACUGUGACUUCACUGAUGUGUUUAAUUUACGUUUUAUUAAUCACAAUAGCAUCCACAUAUGUGUGAGACAGCCUAUAGGAGGUAUAUUUGCUUAUUUAUUGAGUCAUGUUGCAUCAUAUUUUGUUGGAGCUAAAUAAAAAUCAAGAUGACAGUG